AUGACAAGCUGGACGCCAUGGCUAAAUCCGCAGAGUGACAAGUCCACAUCACGUGGACAGAGCUUCAUCGCAAAUGUUAUCGAAAUAAGCACUGAGACCUCGGGCCCACCCCUUCGCAACUCCAACGGCGUUGAGCCGAAAACAACGCCGCUGCAAUACGUUUGUUCGAACAGCUCUAUGGAUCAAAGCAGUUCGCCCAAUUACAAAGAACUCUUCGAGAGAGAAACCAAACUACGGAGACAGGCUGAGGAAGAAGAUGACAAGCCGAAGAACGAAACAGGUAGUUCACACAAGACUUCCCUCCUAGAUAUCUUCGGGCCCGCCAUAACUUGCUCUCCCACCCUUGUCUCUGCCUGUUAA